UUAUUUGCUUUAAAUUUGACUUCCACUUUACUCUAACUAAUCACUAAACACUAAUUAAACACUCCUAUAUCAUUCCAGCCUAGAUUUUACUUUAUAAAGUUACAAACAUCAUUAUAAUAUAUAAAUAUAUAAAUUACUUUAUACAUAAGAAUCAUAUAUUCGCUUGCAUUUUACAUAUUUUCAUGGAUUGUUCCAGCAAAGCAAUAUCAACACCCAAAAGCAACAUUGCAAAAAGGUCAAUGCGAUAUUGACGUUAGUAUGUAUAUGCAAGCAACGAUAGUAGGAGUGAUCAUUCGUCUCCUAGAGCUCAAUACCGAUCGAAAAGGGGUGUCGAUGUCGAUGGAAAGAGAGUGUACAAGUAACGAGUCGAAGGCGUUGUUUAGUGUGAUGGGUAUGACUUGUUCUGCUUGUUCUGCUUCGGUUGAGAAGGCGGUCAAGCGACUUCCGGGCAUUCGAGAGGCCAUUGUUGAUGUUUUGAAUAACAAAGCUCAAGUCAUUUUUUAUCCUUCCUUUGUUAAAGAGGAACAAAUCCUUGAAGCCAUUAUGGAUACUGGUUUCAUGGCUGAGCUUAUUGAUGAUGACAUUAGUGAUAGAAGCCAUCAAGUAUGCCGGGUACGUAUAAGAGGAAUGACUUGCACUUCUUGUGCAAAUGCCAUUGAAUCUACUCUCCUAGGAAUUCAUGGUGUAAAAAAGGCACAAGUUGCAUUAGCUACCGAAGAAGCAGAAAUUAACUAUGAUCCAAACCUUGUUAGUUACAGUGAGUUGCUUAAAGCUGUUGAAGAUAGCGGGUUUGAAGCUGUACUUAUCACUACAGGGGAAGAUGAAUGCAAGGUUCAUCUUAAGGUUGAUGGGAUAAGAAAUGACCAUUCUUGGAGAAUGAUUGAAAACUCACUUGAAUUACUUCCUGGUGUUCAAACCAUUGAUAUUGAUCCAAGACUUCAGAAAGUUUCAGUUUCUUACAAGUCUGAUAUUACAGGACCUAGACACUUUAUUGAAGUGAUCGAGUCAAUUGGAUCUGGGAAUCUCAAGGCAAUGAUGUACCCUCAAGAACGAGGAAGCGAUUCUCAUAAACAAGAGGAAAUUAAGCAGUAUUACAGAUCAUUAAUGUGGAGUUUAAUCUUUAUGAUCCCGGUAUUUCUGACAUCUAUGGUAUUCAUGUAUGUUCCUGGAGUUGGACAUGUAUUUGACACUAAAGUUUUGAAGAUGUUAACUGUUGGUGAGAUGGUAAGGUGGAUUUUAGCAACUCCUAUACAAUUCAUUAUUGGUCAGAGAUUUUACAUUGGGUCAUACAACGCGUUGAGGCAUGGUUCUGCUAAUAUGGAUGUUUUGAUUGCAUUGGGAACAAAUGCAGCCUAUUUCUACUCAGUCUACACUGUGGUUAGAGCUGCUACAUCAGUAAACUUUGAGGGAACAGAUUUCUUUGAGACAAGUUCUAUGCUUAUUACCUUUGUACUUCUAGGGAAGUACUUAGAGGUUUUGGCUAAGGGAAAAACAUCAGCAGCAAUUGCAAAACUAAUGAACUUGGCCCCUGAUACUGCAACACUGCUGACACUUGAUGCAGGUGGAAAAAUCCUGAAAGAAGAAGAAAUAGAUAGCAGAUUGAUACAAAAGAACGAUUUGCUGAAAGUCAUUCCUGGUGAAAAAGUACCCUGUGAUGGUUUUGUAGUUUGGGGUCAAAGCUAUGUGAAUGAAAGCAUGAUAACAGGGGAAUCUAGGCCUGUAACCAAGAAGAAGGGUGAUAUUGUAAUAGGAGGGACAGUGAAUCAGAACGGGGCAUUGCAUGUUAAGGCAACACGCGUUGGAUCAGAAAGUGCACUUGCUCAAAUUGUACGUCUGGUUGAAUCAGCACAGAUGAACAAAGCGCCUGUGCAGAAGCUUGCUGAUCUUAUUUCCAGAUAUUUUGUGCCUUUGGUUAUCCUUUUUGCAGUUUCAACUUGGCUUGCAUGGUUCCUAGCUGGGAAAUUUCACAGCUACCCAGAAUCAUGGAUACCGCCAUCAAUGGAUAGGUUUGAGCUUGCUUUACAAUUUGGCAUAUCUGUGAUGGUCAUAGCCUGCCCUUGUGCUCUGGGUUUGGCAACACCAACUGCUGUUAUGGUUGGUACUGGAGUUGGUGCUUCUCAAGGUGUCCUCAUCAAAGGAGGUCAAGCUCUCGAAACUGCUCACAAGGUUAAUUGCAUAGUAUUUGACAAGACUGGAACUCUUACAGAGGGGAAGCCAGUAGUUGUGAGCACGCGACUUCUGAGACAAAUGGUGAUCCGAGACUUCUAUGAACUGGUUGCUGCUGUUGAGGUCAAUAGUGAGCACCCAUUAGCAAAGGCCAUCGUCGAGUAUGCCAAGAAGUUUAGAGAAGACAAAGAAAAUCAAACCUGGGCAGAAGCAAAGGACUUUAUAUCCAUCAGUGGUCAUGGUGUGAAGGCCAUGGUUAAUGACAAGGAGAUAGUUAUCGGAAAUAAGAGCUUGAUGUUAGAGCAAGGAAUCAGCAUCCCAUCUGAGGCGAAAGAAUUGCUUUUAGAAGCCGAAGGUAUGGCUCAAACAGGUAUACUGGUGUCCAUCAGUCAAGAGAUCUCAGGAGUUAUAGCAAUAUCUGAUCCCCUGAAACCAAGUGCAACUGAAGUCAUAUCCAUUCUUAAAUCCAUGAAUGUUGAGAGCAUUAUGGUGACUGGUGACAACAAGGGAACUGCCAACUCCAUUGCCAACCAAGUUGGAAUAGACACUGUGAUUGCUGAAGCUAAGCCUGAGCAAAAAGCAGACAAAAUUAAGGAACUUCAGGGUGAAGGUUAUAUAGUGGCAAUGGUUGGGGAUGGUAUCAAUGAUUCACCGGCAUUAGUGGCUGCAGAUGUUGGAAUGGCAAUCGGUGCAGGUACAGACAUUGCCAUUGAAGCAGCAGAUAUUGUUCUGAUGAGAAGCAACUUAGAGGACGUCAUAACUGCCAUUGAUCUUUCAAGGAAAACAUUCUCAAGGAUACGUUGGAAUUAUAUAUGGGCAUUGGGUUACAAUCUACUCGGUAUCCCUAUCGCUGCUGGAGCUUUGUUCCCCUCAUUAAGAUUCAGGUUACCACCAUGGAUUGCAGGAGCUGCAAUGGCUGCCUCAUCAGUUAGUGUUGUUUGUUGGUCCCUGUUGUUGAAGAAUUACAGAAGACCAAAGAUAUUAGACACCCUUGAAGUUAAGGAAAUCAGGGUUGAGUGAAAAUGUCUAUCAGUAUAAAAGAAAGGUAGAAGUAGGCUUAUACUUGACCUGAAUCAUGAAGUUGUAAAUAGAAUGGAAAGAAUGUAGUGCACAUAAAUAUGGAAGGAUGGUGCCAGUUCUUCCCUUCCCCUGCUGUCAAUCCCAGAAGUAACCCGUUGCGUCAGAUAAAAACCGAACUCUGAACCUCAUGGGUGGGACGUGAGGCCGGAUCAAUGAACAAUAAGCUCCCAUCUGUUUCAGGAUCAGUCUCUAAUUCUCUAUGCUAUAAGAAGUACAGAAUUCUCUAGGCAUUUGGUAAGAAAUAUGAUUUAGAGUUAUAUUUGUCAGGCCACAAGCAAUGAACCACACACUUAUUCUGAAUCGGUUUCUGAUAUUAACUUGCUCCAAAAGACUAUAUGUAUAGGCUUCAGAGUCUUUCAAAUUUUUCUUUUGCUGCUUAAACUCGCUUUGUUGUCACACAUUAGAGACAUAAACAAAAAACCACUACGAGUUAACUCUUCUGUUA